AUGUUGCGUCGAUUUUCACGUCGUCUAAUUCCCUACUUACGUGCCGCUAGCCUGCGAAUUCUCUCUGUGUGGCGACUUCUCCUCUUUGCCUUUGUCACUUGGACUCUCUUUGAUACUCUACUCAUCCAUCGCCGACUUGAUGCGGCUGCACAAACUUACUCAAAGCCACAGAGCCCUGUCCGGGUGUACAUUGCGAGUCUGCACUGGAAUAACGAGCGCAUCCUUCGCGACUCCUGGAAUCAGGGUCUUCUCGAUCUUGUAUCAGUUCUCGGUCCCAGCAAUAUCUUUGUGAGCAUAUACGAGAGCGGCAGUCGGGACGGCUCCAAAGAUGCUAUUGGCGAACUCGACAAGGCGCUGGGGGUAAUGGGAGUCUCACGGAAUAUCACAUUAGACAAGACUACGCACGCCGAUGCCAUGACUUCACCACCUCUUGAGCCUGGAAAUGGCUGGGUUGAGACGCCGCGUGGAAGAAUAGAGCUUCGCAGGAUCUCAUACCUUGCCCGACUACGGAACAUGUCUCUCCAGCCCUUGAAAGAAAUGGCUCGGAAUGGGAUCGAGUUUGACUAUGUUCUGUUUCUCGGCGACGUCGUGUUUACUAUGCAGGUCCCCGACGUGCUUGCACUACUUAACACAAACAAUCGCGAUUACGCAGCAGCAUGUUCACUAGAUUUCAGCAAACCCCCUCAGUUUUACGACACAUUUGCACUGAGGGAUGUCGACGGUCAUGAGCAUGCGACACAGACGUGGCCAUACUUUCGGUCAUCCAAGUCGAGAGCUGCCAUGAAACGAAGCGAACCUGUUCCUGUCAGCAGCUGCUGGAACGGUAUGGUCUUUAUGCCUGCGGCUUCAUUUGUUGGUGAUCACGGGCUUACCUUCAGAGCCAUCGAUGACUCUCUCGCAGCAAAACAUCUCGAGGGCUCCGAGUGUUGCCUCGUCCAUGCUGAUAACCCAGAGUCAGAGACAAGAGGUGUUUACCUUAAUCCCAAUGUCCGUGUCGGAUAUGAUCGCCGUGCUUAUGAGCUGGUUCACUCUAGCGGAUCCUGGCUCACUUACACUCAGAUCUUGUACGGCCUGUGGAAGAAUAGGCUAACGAGGUGGUUCACGACACCGCGGUUCAAAGAAUGGUGGGUUUGGAGUUUGGAGCGCGAGUGGCAGAGGCAGAAUCCUGGCCGUAGUGAGAACGGGAUGAUGUGCGUCAUCAACGAGAUGCAGGUGCUUGUUCAUAACGGUUGGGCUCAUGUUUGA